CCCCGCGCCCCGGACGCCGGCCCUAUGGAUCGCAGCUCCAAGCGGAGGCCCGUGAAGCCCCUGGCCGCGUCCCUGCUCGAGGCGCUCGACUAUGACAGCUCCGAUGACAGCGACUUUAAAGUGGGCGAUGCUUCAGAUUCUGAAGGGAGUGGGAAUGGAAGUGAAGACCCUUCGAAGGACAGUGGAGAAGGGUCCUGUAGUGACUCGGAAGAAAACGUCCUGGAGGAAGAUCUUGCCGAAGAAGCGAAAGUCGAGGCAGAAUUGCUGAAGAGCACCACGGUGGAGGAAGAUGUUCCUGUGGCUGAGAAAGCCCCGGGGAAGAUGGAGAAGAAGGAGGAGGAGAGUGAAGAAAAACCCAGAAAGAGAAAGGAGAAGGACAGAGCCUCAGGGUCUGAGGGGACCGCACCCCCUGCCGCCCCCGAAGAGCAGGCCAGUGAGCCCAAGAAGUGGAACCUGCGCAGGAACCGGCCCCUCCUUGACUUUGUGUCCAUGGAGGAGCUCAACGACAUGGAUGACUACGACAGCGAGGAUGAUAACGACUGGCGGCCGACCGUGGCGCGCAGGAAGGGCAAGGCUGCCUCGCAGAGGGAGGGCAGCGACGGCGACCUCGAGGACGAUGAGGACGACGGCAGCGGCAGCGACGAGGAGGACGACGAAGGCAAUGAUGAAGGCCACGGCAGCCCCGCCAGCGACGGGCCGGGCAAGAAGAGGAAGGGCCAGGCUCUCAGCAGGCACAGUGCCGACGACGAGGAGCUGACCAAUGAUAGCUUGACCCUUUCUCAGAGCAAGAGCAAUGAGGACUCGCUGAUUCUUGAGAAGAGUCAAAACUGGAGUGCCCAGAAGAUGGAUCAUAUUUUGAUUUGCUGUGUUUGUCUUGGCGAUAACAGCGAGGACGCUGACGAGAUAAUCCAGUGUGACAACUGCGGCAUUACCGUCCAUGAAGGCUGCUACGGCGUGGAUGGGGAAAGCGAUUCCAUCAUGAGCUCAGCUUCUGAAAACUCCACGGAGCCGUGGUUCUGCGACGCCUGUAAAUGUGGGGUGUCACCCAGUUGUGAGCUGUGCCCGAACCAGGAUGGGAUCUUCAAGGAGACAGACGCUGGCAGGUGGGUCCACAUUGUCUGUGCCCUCUAUGUCCCAGGAGUGGCUUUUGGUGAUAUUGACAAGCUGCGGCCUGUGACCCUUACAGAGAUGAAUUACUCUAAGUACGGGGCCAAGGAAUGCAGCUUCUGCGAAGACCCCCGUUUUGCUAGAACUGGAGUGUGCAUCAGCUGUGAUGCAGGAAUGUGCCGAGCCUAUUUCCAUGUCACCUGCGCCCAAAAGGAGGGUCUACUUUCUGAGGCCGCUGCUGAGGAGGACAUAGCCGACCCAUUUUUUGCUUAUUGCAAACAGCACGCAGACAGACUAGACAGAAAGUGGAAGAGGAAAAACUACUUGGCUCUGCAGUCUUACUGUAAGAUGUCUUUGCAAGAGAGGGAGAAGCAGCUGUCCCCGGAGGCCCAGGCCAGAAUCAAUGCUCGAUUGCAGCAGUAUCGGGCCAAGGCAGAACUGGCUCGUUCCACCAGGCCUCAGGCCUGGGUGCCGAGAGAAAAGCUGCCCCGGCCUCUGACCAGCAGCGCUUCGGCCAUUCGUAAACUGAUGCGCAAAGCCGAGCUCAUGGGCAUCAGCACGGAUAUCUUCCCUGUGGACACAUCGGAUACUAGCUCCAGCGUGGAUGGACGGCGGAAGCACAAACAGCCAGCUCUGACUGCGGAUUUUGUGAAUUACUAUUUUGAGAGAAACAUGCGCAUGAUUCAGAUUCAGGAAAAUAUGGCUGAGCAAAAAAACAUCAAGGAUAAGCUGGAAAAUGAACAGGAAAAGCUGCACGUGGAGUAUAAUAAGCUGUGUGAAUCCUUAGAAGAACUCCAGAACCUGAAUGGAAAGCUCAGAAAUGAAGGACAGGGGAUCUGGGCCUUGCUGGGCAGAAUCACCGGACAGAAGUUGAACAUACCGGCCAUCUUACGAGCGCCCAAGGAGAGAAAGCCCAGCAAAAAGGAAGGCGGUGCCCAAAAGACCUCGACCUUGCCAGCUGUCCUUUAUAGUUGUGGGAUUUGUAAGAAGAACCAUGACCAACAUCUGCUUUUAUUGUGUGACACCUGUAAGCUGCAUUAUCAUCUGGGCUGUCUGGAUCCCCCUCUGACAAGGAUGCCAAGAAAGACCAAAAACAGUUACUGGCAGUGCUCAGAAUGUGACCAGGCAGGGAGCAGUGACAUGGAAGCUGACAUUGCCAUGGAAACCUUGCCAGAUGGGACCAAGCGAUCACGGAGGCAGAUUAAAGAACCAGUAAAAUUUGUUCCACAAGAUGUACCACCAGAACCUAAGAAGAUGCCAAUCAGAAACACGAGAACCAGAGGCCGCAAAAGAAGCUUUGUUCCUGAAGAAGAAAAACCUGAGGAAAGAGUUCCUCGGGAAAGGAGACAGAGACAGUCUGUGCUUCAGAAGAAGCCCAAGUCUGAGGACCUGCGGACUGAGUGUGUGACCUGCAAGGGGACUGGAGACAAUGAGAACCUUGUGAGGUGUGAUGGAUGCGGACUCUGCUACCAUUUGGGCUGUUUGGACCCCCCCCUGAAAAAGUCUCCUAAGCAAACAGGCUAUGGAUGGAUAUGCCAGGAGUGUGACUCCACGUCUUCCAAAGAGGAUGAAAAUGAAGCAGAAAGAAAAGAGGCCCCCCAGGAUCUUAGCCUAGAGCACAAACCCUCCAAGAAGUAGUGGAUUCCUGCUCGGCCGGGAACGUUAGCGGUGCACGUUGUAGCGAAUAGAGUCCUUGGUGUACAAUUUUCUGAACACUCUCAAUAAAGCUGUCGAGAAUGGG